AUGGCUUGUCUCGAUCAAGAAAAACGUCCAUUGUCAUUUGAUGAAACAACAAUUGCUAAAAAACAACAAAUAUUUCCAUCACGUCAUCUAGAUAAUACAACAGCAGAUGAACGUGUAUCAUUUAGUUUAGAAAAAGAAAUUAUAGAUGAUGAUAAGGAUGAAAUAGUUUACAGUUCGACAUCAAAUAUAAUAAAUAAUAAUGAUGACGAUGACGAUGAUGAUGAUGAUGAUGAUGAUGAUGAUGAUGAUGAACAAACAUCACCAAGAACCAAUGACAAUUCAACAAAUUCAUCAACUGAGGAAAUAACUGAUGAAGAAGAUGAAGUUGAUGAUGAUGGAUCGGACAAUGAAGAAGACGAAGAAGAAAACAAUCGUGAUGAUGAUGAUGCUGUAGUGAUUCAAUUAGAUAAAUCAAAAAAUAACUCAGCUAUAGAAAUAUCAAAACAAAUUCAAAACAAAAAGUCGUUCGCUGAACGAAAACAAUAUUUAAGCAUCGAUUCUGGCCAUAUUCAAUCAGAAUCACCAUCACCUGUUGAUCUUUCCCCAUCAUCACCAUCUCCAAUAAAUCAACAAGUACCAACAUCAAAAAAAUCAGAUCCAAUAGCGUUCUCAUAUUUUCGUGCACCAUGUCCAAUUUGUCGUGGCUCAACAUAUGACGAAACGUCAACAAUUGAAAUAGAAAAACAAUAUUAUCAUAAAACAUGUUUACAUUGUUAUUCAUGUGAUAAACAAUUAAAAGAAAAUGAAUAUAACUAUCAUGAUUUAUCAUCGAAUGGAAGAUAUAAUUUUUACUGUACAUUACAUUAUUGUAAAAGCCGUCUCAAACAAGUAACAACAACAUUAGCAGUAGCAACUCAGCAAGAAUCUAAAUCGAAAGCACUUUAUCCAAAUCUAACUCAAUUACGUAGUAAUACAAAUGCACAAUGGAAUGACAGUCUUCGUUUGUAUCCGUCAUUGAAAGAUGCUCUCAGUUCAACACCACAUCCUCUUAAUAUUGUAAAUAUAUCUGAUAAUAAGAAAGCACAACAAACGGAUCGCCUUGAACAUGUUCAAACAUCUAUUUCAAAUAAUAUCAACGAAAAAAUUGCCUCAAAUAUUAUAAGAAGUAAAACCUUUGAUGAAUCUUUACCAAAAGAAUUGAGUGAUAAUGAUGAAAAUUUAAAUGUUGACUCAAAACUAACAGUAGAUCACUCAGGCAAAUAUCGAUUUAAACGACGUGAACAAAAUCGUCUACCGUCACCGAUAUCAUCAAGUAAUACUCAAUUAGUGUCAUCAAACAAUACGCAACAAAGUGAAACAAAUCUAUUAUCAGUAGUAAAUCGGAAGAAAAAGAAAAUUCUUAUUCCACAAUCAAAUUUGAAUUUAUCAUCGUCAUCAUCACGAACAUCAUCUCAAUCAUUAGACGAUGAACGGCAACGUAUGUCGAACGAACGUCGUCGGCAACGUGAUGAACGACAAAAGGAGCUUGUGCGAUUUCGUCGUUCACAAGAAAUUCAACGUGAACUUGAAGAAAUCGAAGAAAAACGUUUGGAACUUGAUAAACGUCAUGUGACGGCACGUCAACAUUUGAAUUCAUUUUUCAAUGACGAAACGAAGAAAACCUAUUGGGAACGAGAGUGUUUAUGUGUUGUUCGAGAACGAACAGGAUUACAACGAGUCACAGACGAAUUAUUAAUGUCCAAACGUGGCUUGACGCUAGAAAAUGAACGUUCACGUGCAGAAAAUGAAUAUCGACAAUUAAUUAAUUUGCCAGAUGAACAUAAAACAAUCAAAGAUAAAGAACGUGAAGAACAAUUGAUAACAAUGAUUGCAAAAUUGGUAGAAGCAAAAAAUAAUUUAACACUUGAACUUGAUCAAAUGAGAUUACGGGAACUACAAGAAGAUGAAUGUUUACAUCAUGCCUUUCAGCUUCAAGGAAUCGAACAACCGACGACGAAUUUUCACACUUUUGACACCCUCAAAGACAUCAUUUAA